GCCCCAGCCAGCCCCAAGUGCGGGCACACGGCCACACGGCCCGCACGCCCUCUCGGCACCUCCCAUUCCCAGCCCCCAGGCCAGCCCUAAUGCCAGCCCCAUUCCCAUUCAAAACCAGCCCUAGCCCUCCCUCAUCAUUUGAGAUUUUGAGCCAACAGAGAAAGAGAGCCAGCUGGCGGCCGCACGAGAGACGGGAGAGUCGGGGAGACCCUUCUUCUUCGACCCUUCGAAGCCCUCUGCCAUCCGACCCUUCGCGAGUCUCUUCGAUCCUUCGAACCAGUAGGAGUUUCGUGAGUUCUUCUUCAACGCUUCGAAGUUUUAACCAACAAGACCUUUCGCAAGUUCUUCAGGAGCUUCAGUUUUUUCAUUCAUCGUUUUGAUCUAAGUGCAGCGGUGGGAUACUCGGGAAUAUGGAUUUGGUGUCUGGUUACAAGGGGGUUGUUGGGCUUGUUUUUGGAAGUGAAAACUCUACUUCAGGCGAAGAUAGUUAUGUUGAACGUUUGCUCGACCGAAUAAGCAAUGGCGUACUGGCAGAGGACAGGAGGACUGCUAUUGCUGAACUUCAAUCGGUUGUAGCAGAGAGUCAAGCUGCCCAGCUUGCAUUUGGGGCAAUGGGCUUUCCAGUUCUUACAGGCGUUUUAAAGGAAGAACGUGAUGAUGUCGAAAUGGUUCGAGGUGCUCUAGAAACUCUUGUAAGUGCUUUGAAUCCUAUCAAUAGUGCAAUGGGAGCAAAGAAUGAGGUCCAGCCAGCUGUAAUGAACAGUGAUUUGCUUUCUAGAGAAUCUGAAAACAUUUCUCUUCUUCUAAGUUUGUUGUCGGAGGAGGAUUUCUAUGUUCGGUACUACACACUACAACUUCUAACAGCUCUUCUUAUGAAUUCUCCGAAUAGGUUACAGGAAGCUAUUCUGACCAUUCCUCGUGGUAUAACUCGGCUUAUGGAUAUGCUCAUGGAUCGUGAGGUUAUACGAAAUGAGGCCUUGUUACUUCUCACUUAUUUGACGCGUGAGGCCGAGGAGAUUCAAAAAAUUGUGGUAUUUGAAGGCGCAUUUGAGAAGAUCUUUAGCAUAAUUAAGGAGGAAGGAGGUUCAGAAGGCGGUGUUGUUGUGCAGGACUGUCUUGAAUUGCUAAACAAUCUCCUGCGUAACAAUGCCUCUAAUCAGAUAUUAUUGAGAGAGACUAUGGGUUUUGAUCCUCUAGUAUCGAUUUUGAAGCUCCGAGCAAGUUCCUACAGUUUUACCCAACAAAAGACAAUAAAUCUGCUCAGCACGUUAGAAACCAUUAAUUUGCUAAUAAGGGGUGGUCCAGAAAAUGAGUCUGGAAAAGAUGCCAAUAGACAAACCAACAAGACAGUAUUGGUUCAGAAAAAGGUUUUGGACCACCUUUUGAUGUUAGGAGUUGAAAGCCAAUGGGCUCCUGUUGCUGUGCAUUGUGCGGCACUACAAUGCAUUGGUGAUUUAAUUGCUGAACAUCCCAAGAAUCUCGAUACUCUUGUGAGUAAGGUUCUUGGAGAAGAACCUCAUGUAGAACCUGCUCUGAAUUCUAUUCUCCGAAUCAUUAUGCGGACUUCUAGUCUGCAAGAGUUUGUGGCGGCUGACUAUGUCUUCAAAAGAUUUUGUGAGAAAAAUUCUGAUGAUCAAGUGAUGCUUGCAUCCACACUAAUCCCUCAGCCGCAUUCAAUGACUCAUGCUUCAAUUGAUGAGGACGUGAACAUGUCUUUUGGAAGCAUGCUAUUACAUGGUCUUACUCCAAGUGAAACUGAUGGUGAUCUUGAGACUUGUUGCCGUGCCGCGAGUGUUCUUUCCCAUGUGAUAAAGGACAACAUGCAGUGCAAAGAAAGGGUUCUAGGAAUUAAACUGAAGGCGCCUGCACCAUCUCCAGGACCCCCAGAGCCCUUAAUGCACCAUCUGGUCAAGUACUUGGCUCUUGCAUCUUCCAUGAAAAAUAAAGAUGGAAAGUCAAGUACAACAGGGAAUAUGUAUGUCCAGCCUAUUAUUCUCAAGCUGUUAGUGACCUGGCUUGCUGAUUGCCCUAGUGCAGUGCAUUGCUUCCUAGAUUCACGUCCCCAUCUCACAUUUCUACUUGAGUUGGUUUCAAAUCCAUCUGCAACUGUGUGCAUAAGGGGAAUGGCUGCAGUUCUCUUGGGAGAGUGCGUCAUUUAUAAUAAAUUGAAUGAAAGCGGUAAGGAUGCAUUUUCCGUAGUUGAUGCCAUAAGUCAGAAAGUUGGGCUUACGUCAUACUUUCUGAAGUUUGAUGAGAUGCAGAGAAGCUUUAUCUUUUCCUCUGCAAAGCCAACCCAGCCCCGUAAACCAUUGACAAGAUCUAAUGCUGCUAGUAUGUCAGAGAUUGAAGAUGCUAGUGAGAAUGAUGUAACUAACCAGAAGAAUGAGGAUCAUCCAAUUCUUGCAUCAAUUUUUGAUGCUCAAUUUGUUAACUCUGUUAAGAGUUUGGAAGAAAAAAUCAGAGACAGCACUGUAGAAGUUUACAGUCAUCCAAAGAGCAAGGUGGCAGUGGUGCCAGCAGAAUUGGAGCAGAAGAAUGGCGAAAGUGAUGGGGACUAUAUCAAGCGGCUAAAAUCAUUUGUAGAGAAGCAGUGUUCUGAGAUACAGGACCUUCUUGCACGAAAUGCAACUUUGGCUGAGGACCUUGCAAGGACAGGUGGAGGCGGUUAUUCUCAGCCUGAGCAGAGAGUGGGUGGAGGCUUUGAGAGAGUCCAGAUAGAGACACUGCGGAGAGAUCUUCAAGAAGCAUCUCAACGGGUAGAGAUGUUCAAGACAGAGAAAGCAAAGGUGGAGUCUGAGGCAGCCAUGUAUAAAAACCUGGCUGCAAAGGUUGAAUCUGAUCUCAAGAGUCUAUCUGAUGCUUACAAUAGCCUUGAACAGGCCAAUUACCAUAUGGAGAAGGAGUUGAAAACCUUGAAGGGUGGAGGGGCCACGACACUUCCAGAUAUUGAGGUAAUAAAGACUGAAGCAAGGGAAGAAGCACAGAAGGAGAGUGAGGCUGAACUAAAUGAUUUGCUCGUGUGCCUUGGGCAGGAGCAGAGCAAGGUUGAAAAAUUGAGUGCAAGAUUGCUUGAAUUGGGAGAGGAUGUAGAUAAAAUGCUUGAAGGUAUAGGAGAUGAUAUGGGGUUGCCUGAAGAUGACGAGGAUGAGGAAGAUUGAUGAUGAUUAUAAAUGUAGUAUUGGAGUUAAUUGUGUUUUUCUCAACUCUUUGUACAUUUUUUAAUGAAUUUGUACAGCACUAUUUUUAUUAUUUAGUGUGUUGAGAACAGUAGUAAACUGAAAGUUUAAGAUUGGAUACUAAAUAUUUAUUGCUUAAAAGCUC